UUCAUACAGAGAUUAUGCAAGAUGUCAUCCGGUCGAAUAGGAAGGCUUCAGGAACUGGAGGAGGGACAGACUGGCGUAUUCUUUUGGUAGAUCAACUGUCCAUGAGAAUGGUUUCAGCGUGUUGCAAGAUGCAUGAAAUCGCAAGUGAAGGAAUCACAUUGGUGGAAGAUCUAAACAAAAAGCGGGAGCCUUUGCCUGCCAUGGAACCUAUCUAUCUUAUUACUCCGUGUGAUAGUUCUGUAAGAGGAUUGAUGAAUGAUUUCCUUUCCCCUAGCCGUGCCAAAUACAAGUGUGCCCAUGUGUUCUUCACUGAAGCCUGUGCCGAAGAAUUAUUUAAUGAAGUUGGCAAGCCUCCAGUGUCCAAGUUUAUAUUUUUUUUUAAAUAA